AUGUCGACUAAUGAGCCCAAGUCCUCUCCGGGCCCUGGGAAAGGGGACGACCGCCUUGCCCAGGAGAACCUCGAGAACCCCACAUCAAGAACAGACCUUCCGGAAUCACUGAAUGAUCCCGCAAGCGACAGUCCGUCUCGAGCCAACAUGAACAGUAACGAAAAAACCGAUCCAUUCACUUCGGAUGAGUCGCAGGGAGCUCCAGUGACCUUUUCAGAGUCAGCGCCGUCCGCGCAUUCUUCCGAACCCCGGCCCGAUUCGCUUGCUGGGCAGCUCGAUGGACUAUCAAUAUCGGAGAAGCACGCGCCAGAGCCAGAGAAAGACGCACAAACAUCCCGGGAAAUAGAGACACCCCCGCCUCCACCCCCUGAUAAAAAUGAGAUUUCGCUUCAAGCCACUUCAUCCACCGCACAUCCCUCGUCGCAAGCCGGUAUCGUGCCUGGGGCCAACAAGGAACUCCCACAUGUGCCAGACGACAGUGACGCCGAGAAAAGACAAGAAUCGGAUAAUGAUGGAUGUAAAGAGAAUGAGAAUGACUCCCAGCCGGAGAUUCAGAGCAUUAUGGGACAAUUUCAAGACCCCUCGCGGACGACCGAUCAACAAGAGAUCAUGUCGCCUCGUCUCGGACUGGCUGAGCAAUUUCGCUCCAGUCAAGGCUAUUUCCCCCCACGAAGGUCCAGCCUGGAGAACGCCCAAUCCCCAGUGACUGGAUCUCCCAGUACGGGUCAGCACAGCAACAAGCCAGCCUCGUCUAUGGUGCAACCCCCUUAUAAAACUACUGGACCAGAGGAACCUAUGUUGAGACGGCAAUCAUCUGCGUCCACACUUCCUCCGCCGCCCGAGCCCGAGCCCGAUCAACCUUUCGACUUUCACCGAUUCUUAGAGCAACUGCGUCACCGAACCGCUGAUCCAGUGGCCAAGUUUCUACGAUCUUUCCUGAUGGAGUUUGGGAAAAAGCAGUGGAUGGUCCAUGAGCAGGUGAAAAUCAUUAGCGAUUUCCUGGCGUUCAUUACGAAUAAGAUGGCCCUCUGCGAGGUGUGGCGCGAUGUCUCCGAUAAAGUUGGUCAUGAACCGUCUAUACUCCCAAACCUUCUCCCCGCGAUUCCGGCUCCCCCGACUAUUCCGCGGAGUGCUAGUCGCAGUCGCCGAAAGGAGAUAGAGAGAAUGCAUGGGCCCUGGCGAAGAGGUCAACACCAAGAAGACAUUGAAAGAGAUGAAAUUCUGGCACAAAAAAUUCGCAUCUACAGCUGGGUGAAGGAAGAGCACCUGGAUAUUCCUCCGGUUAGCGGUGGCGGACGGCGAUUCCUUAACUUGGCACAGCAGGAGCUACUCAAGAUCAAUGGCUACCGUGCGCCGCGUGACAAGGUCAUCUGCAUUCUGAAUUGCUGCAAAGUAAUCUUUGGCCUCUUGAAGAAUACUAAGAAAGCAGAUACCUCUGCCGACGCUUUCAUUCCCCUCUUGAUUUAUGUCGUCCUUCACGCCAACCCUGAUCACCUUCCAUCCAAUAUCCAAUACAUCUUGCGCUUCCGCAACCAAGACAAGCUCAGCGGUGAAGCGGGCUACUAUCUGUCCUCGCUGUCUGGAGCUAUUCAAUUCAUUGAGAGUCUGGAUCGUACCAGCCUCACUGUCAGCGAUGAAGAAUUCGAACGCAAUGUUGAAGCAGCUGUUUCCGCUAUUGCAGAGGAAAACCGCGAGACCGAGCCGAUCGCUGAAAAGCCUCGAGCUCAUCCCACUCCCACUAGUCGCCCACCCCAGCCUCAGUCAGGGCCAAGCCGCCGAGAGGCUUCUCAGUCCAGUGAUGACGACUCAUCUGCACCGGUAGCCGGGUUGUUGCGCACCAUUCAAAAGCCCCUUUCCACAAUUGGCCGCAUGUUCUCUGAAGAUUCUGAUGCCCCUCCACCACAAGACCGCCCCCUACAACCCGCAACGACCCCGCAGCCUGCGCAGACUCGUCUCAAUCCGAAUGUUUACCAACCUCCACGGUCCAGCAGUGAGGGUCGACAUGCGCAGGAUGCAGCUGCUCGCCAGGCGAGCGCAGAGGAUGCAGAGGCACGCCGCAUCCAGCGUGCUGAGCAUAAUAAUGUAGUUGAGACGCUGUCGAACAUGUUCCCGAAUCUCGAUCGCGACGUCAUCGACGAUGUAGUUAAGAUGAAAGAGGGCAGGGUUGGUCUUGCGGUUGACGCAUGUCUCGCUCUCAGUGCGGAGUAG